AUGAGACAACGCCUGGUGCUGUUCAUCUUGGGAUGGUAUUUGACCUCGAUAACGCUGUCACUGUAUAACAAAUGGAUGUUUGAUCCUCAUAAAGGUCUACAGGUCGUUUGUCCCAUAACUGUUACCUCAUUCCAUCAAUUUAUACUCUGGUUUCUUUCAUUCAUUUAUGUGAAAUAUCGUGGUUGGCGGAAGAAAGAUAAUGACCCGAACCCAUUGAUUCGUCAAAUUCCUCGGAUGGAUUGGAAAUUUUAUAUGAGAUAUCUGGUACCAACAGCUAUAGCGAGUGCAGGUGAUAUUGGAUUUGGAAAUGUUUCAUUCAAAUUUGUCACUUUGGCAAUCUACACAAUAAUUAAGAGUUCAAGCAUCGCCUUUGUACUUUUAUUUGGAUGUCUUUUCAAAUUAGAGCAAUUCCAUUGGAAAUUAGUGGUAAUCGUUGCCGUUAUGUUUUUUGGAGUCCUGAUGAUGGUUUACGAACCUAAUAAUGAAAAAGUGGAAGAAGAUCGAAUCCUAAUAUUAUUUGGAUCUUUGUUAGUGCUAAUGAGUUCUUGUUUAUCCGGAAUGAGGUGGGUAUUUACACAAUUAAUACUGAGAAAAUCACCGCAGGAGCCAGAGGUAGAACAGCGAGAACAAACAACCGAAGAAACCGUAGCGGUAACUACCAAGCGAGAAAAACCACACCCAGUUCAAACAAUUUAUCAAUUGGCCCCCAUAAUGGGUUUCACACUUUUUUUCACUGCAUUGAUUAUUGAAAGACCUUUCCCCAGUUUUUUAAAAUCCAACCUUUUCACACAGGACGGAAACCAUCAGUACACUUUUGGAUCUAUCACUAAGGGUAUUCUUCUUUUGACGUUCCCAGGAUUUGAAGUAUUCUUGAUGACAAUCUGCGAAUUCGGAAUUUUACAAACUGCUCAUGUGCUGACGCUCUCCGUAGCAGGUAUCAUCAAAGAACUACUCACAAUACUUUGUAGUGUCAUUUUCCUCAACGAAAGGUUAAGUGGAUUUCAUAACUGGGCAGGAAUGACUAUAGUCCUACUCGAUGUGGCCUACUACAAUUAUUUCAGAUACACACAGGAUGAAAAAUUGAAUGACCCUCAAAAAGAUCUAGAAAACCAUACCAUAGAUGAGCGUAAUGAUAGCGAUAGCGGGACUGUUUUAUUAUCCCAAUUAAAACAGCCGUCUCUCGAAUCAGUAUCUUACGAAUUGGCCCAUGUUAACAAUAACCCCAGCUAA